AUGGUCUCCGCCAAGUACCUCGCUCUCACCACCCUCGCCGCCUCCGCCGCCGCAGCUCCCGCCCCCGAGAUUGUCGCCCGACAACUCUCUCUGUCCGGACCUCUUGGAGAUGUGACCUCGAUCGUCAACACCGUUCUCGGCCUGGUUGUCGGCACUCUGGACGCCGUUCUCAAGCCCACCGGAACCACUCCUGACGAACAGCAGGUUCUCGCCUCUUCCUUCACCUCUCUUAACGGCGAGCUGACCACCCUGAUCAAGGACCUCGAGACCGUCCCCAUUGUUGGAACCGUCGCCACCAUUCUCUAUGGAGUGGUUGUGUCCCCCCUGGUCACUUCUCUGCUGACCCUGCUUGAGCACGUGCUUACUCUGGUGGUUGGCCUGCUGGUUGAUGGACUGGUCCACCCUCUGGUGUCCGCCCUGACCCUGCUGCUCGGCACCAUCUCCACCCUGACCUCGGUGCUUGCUCCCCAGCUUCCCAACCUCGCCGGCGACCUUACCUCGCUGCUCAGCGUCGUCACCGCCCUUCUCGGCAAGAUCUAA